AUGUCCGCAGCGCAGGCUGCCAUGGACCAGGUCUUCGGCGCCGAGUACGUCUCCCUCCACGUCCGCCAAUCCAACCGCGCCGCCUUCAACCUCUACACCUCCACCCUCGGGUACCAGACCCACGACAUCGAGGCCAAGUACUACGCCGACGGGGAGGACGCGUUCGGCAUGCGAAAGCCUCUCCGGCAGCCGCAGCCAAAGAAGCACCACCACCACCACCACGGCCCCGGUCACGCCGAGUUCGUUGUGAUUAGGCUGUGA